UUCAUUUUUCCUCUAAACGCUUCGAGAGCUUUUGAUACGAUAUGGGCUUGUGUUCAUCAGUGUCCCGAUUGGACUGUUACAACAUACAAAGAGAUCUAUGAGCUGGCAGUGGACCAUAAUAACAGUUUAUGCGUUGAUUAUGACUCGGCGUUGAACAUCACUGUACACAAACCUCGUUUUGGAGUGUGUCCUCGGCUUCCGUGUCGAUAUCAUGAAUCGCUGUCUACCAGAAGGAUUUCCUCAGUUUUGGAAAAGAUCUUUUCAAUGCUUGAAAUAGACUUCAUCCGUGGAUUCUUUCAUGAUCUUAUUGAUACUUCGCCAUAUCUACCGCAAAUGUGUUUGUUAGCCUUGGUUUUGUCGUUGUUCUCCGUUGUCCUGCUACGAUUCUUCGCUGCUGUGAUCAUUUACUUUGUGUAUUUGGCCGUUGUGGUGAUCUCUCUCGGAUUUUCCGGAACUUUAUGGUAUGCGUUCUAUAGAGUGUACAAAAAUUCCGUUGAAUCUACUAAUUCCACUGAUGUGGUGGAGCUUGGAAAUACCACGGCACUUCUAUCAUCGAGUCCUCAACGUUUGACCAAAGCAGUGCUGUUCGAAGAUGUUCGUUUGGAUGCGUUAUUCAAUUUUGAGGACACGAGUUUGCUGACUCUUCUCGGAGUCGGACUUGGAGCGACAGCAAUUUCGAUAUUUGUCAUUUCGAUUGUAUGGUGUGUGCUACCGCGGGGAAAGAAAAUGGUUCGACUAUUCAAAGGAGCUUCACUGGCUCUUUCUUCAAUGCCGAUGCUACUCUUACAGCCGUUGCUUAAUGCUGUUCUCAUACUUAUGGUUGCAGUAUAUACUUUAAGUGUAGUGCUAGUACUGUUCACUGCAGGUGAUAUGGUUAGCAGGAGGGUUGCGAAUGGAGAUAGCAAAGAGGACAGCAUACUUAUUAUAGAGACGAAUAUGACACGAACAACAAAGCUUAUGAUGUUUUACCAGUUUGUUGGAUUUGUAUGGGUCACGGAAUUUUUUAUGGCAUGUCAAAGACUGUUUGUUGCUGGAGCUGUUAGCAUGUACUACUUCGAUGUGUUGUCAAUCUCUCGUCGAUUCGCGUCACCAACACCUCGAUCGCCUUUGUCUGGCUCACUAUGGAACCUUUUUCGCUAUCACCUUGGAUCAGCCGCACUGGGCGCUUUUAUCAUUACGCUCGUACGCGUUCCUCGCUACAUCGUUAUAUGGACGCUUGCAAGGAUGCGUUCUGUUGAGAACGUGGUUUUGAAGAAGAUUCUAGCCGUUUUUGUAUGCAUAUUAGGAGGCAUUGAGAGGUGUCUUCAGUAUAUUAACUACAAUGUAUUCACAGUGAUAUCUUAUUCCGGGUUUAGCUUCUGCCCGGCUGCGAAA